CCAAAAAGCUAAGAAGAAGAUUCAGAAUAAUUUCAAUUGUUCAAUCUUUGCUUUUUUUUUUGCUAUUUGAGAAGUCCAAUUUUUUAUGCCUUUUUAUGGUUCCCUACAGAAUCCUGUUAGCCGGGGUAAUUCUCCCGUUGGCCAUAGUUUUGGGUGAGUUCCCAACGAGUUUCAAGCUGGAGAGGACUAUUCCGUCCAGUCAACGACUCAACCUGAGCCAACUCAUUGCACGUGAUGCGGCCAGGCACAGAAGGUUGUUGACGUCCUCUGGUGGGAUCGUUAAUUUCUCGCUUAAUGGGGACUUGACUGCAGGGCUUUAUUACACAAAAGUAUUUCUGGGUUCUCCUCCACAGGAAUUCCACGUACUGAUUGACACUGGAAGUUAUAUUUCUUGGGUCAGUUGCAAAUCCUGCCAUGACUGCCCGCGGAAAAGUGAAUUUCCAUUUCAGCUAAAUUUCUUUGAUCCAGGGAGCUCAUCAACAGCUUCAUUAGUAUCUUGUUCAGACCAAAGAUGUAAUUCAAGUCUUCAAUCAUCAGAUUUUAUCUGUGAAUCUAACAGCAACCAGUGCCAUUACAAUAUCACAUAUGUAGAUGGCAGUGGGACGAUUGGCUACUAUGUCUCGGAUUUGUUGCAGUUUGAUACAGCUCUUAAGGGCUCUGUCACUACAAAUUCUACAGGAACCAUUACGUUCGGGUGUAGUGUCUUCCAGAGUGGUGGCUUGACGGAGUCAAAUGGAGCAGUGGAUGGGAUCUUUGGGUUUGGACAGCAGAAUUUGUCAAUUAUCUCUCAACUUGCUUCAAAAGGAAUAGCACCCAAUGUAUUUUCCCACUGUUUGAAGGGAGAUAACAGUGGUGGAGGCAUACUGGUUCUUGGAAAGAUCGUGGAGCCCAAUAUAGUUUAUACCUCGCUUGUCCCAUCCCAGCCCUAUUAUAAUAUCAAUCUACAAAGCAUUUCUGUCAACGGUCGAAAGUUAGCGAUUGAUCCAUCAGUUUUUGCAACAUCAAACAACUCAGGAACAAUAGUUGAUUCUGGGACAACUUUGGUGGUCCUUGCAGAAACAGCUUAUGAUGUCGUUAUUGAUUCCAUCAAUAGCACUGUUUUACCAUCAGCGCUUCAAACAAUCACCGAACAAUUCUCAUGGAAUGAAGAGCAAUGCUAUUCAUUCAAAUCCAGUGACAAUGUCCCUACCAUAUUUCCCCAAGUUAGUUUCAACUUUUCUGAUGGCGCAUCCAUGAUUUUGAACCCUCAAGAUUAUCUUUUACUGCAGAAAAACACCAAUGGUGUUGCAACUUGGUGCCUUGGCUUUGGGAAAAUACCAGGAUCAGAACAGACGAUUUUAGGAGAUGUAAUUUUACAGGACAAAAUCGUUAUUUAUGAUCUAGACAAUCAAACAGUCGGAUGGGUAAACUAUGAUUGUUCACAGUCAGUUAAUGUCUUGACGAUCAACGGGACACUGAUUAGCGUACAGGCAGAACAACCGAAUAACAAUAACAGUCCACCUUCACCAAGUUAUAGUUACUUCGUAAGCAUAAUUAUGCUUGUUAUUGUAUUGUAAUAUUUCGGUAGCAUAAGUAUACACUAGUAAAGAGGUCUGGAACCCUGCUAUCUAUCCCACUAGUUUGCAAUUACAUAGGCCCCAAAUACAUGUAACGUUUCCAAUUUCAUUUUGUAAUUUAAUCUUUACAAGAAGUUUCUAAACCAAAUCAAAAGAAAAGCAGUGAAUUUUACUGCAUCCGGUAAGAAGCCCAGCAGCCUUCUUCUGAACUUCUUUAGGUGAUUUGCUCAAUAAUCAAUCAAAAUAACAAAUAACCAUACAAUGUGAGAACCAUGAAAGAUGGAACUUUUAAAAGAGAGAAUAUAAAAAAAAAAAACAUAUAAGCAAGAUGUGUGUGGAGCCUCCACGCUUGUCAAAAUAUAUUUGUUAAAAUCCU